GUACAUGCGCAAUACAAUUCAUACAUUGAGGAACAGUUAUUUGUACGGACUAUAAAGUUAUUUGGAAGAAAUUCGUACGAAUAAAUAAUGUCCGAACGAGUAAGAAGCGAAGAACAAGCAAGGGUCGUUGUGACUGAUAUCGGAAACGAUUUGGUUGAAAACAUACGACAGAUAUGCUUCAUGAUGAGAGAAUAUUUCAAGAUAAAAAUAUUCAUGUUUGCUGCAUGUAUAUCUGACGAAGAGUUAAGAGGGGCUUGUGGCGGUGGCAAUAGACAUAUAGGUAAUAUGUAUUACUACGAUAUCCAGGAAAACCGUCAAUUUGGAUCACUUGAUGUUUAUGAAAUACAAACGGGAGGUGGCAAACUUAUUCUUCCGGUGGGAUUUCAGGGUGACGAUAGCAUGCAUGACAUUUCCAACAGUCGCUUCCCAUUGGAUUUCCACUCGUUUCCAAACCGAACAGAUUAUAUAAAUACUCAUCUACUUGAAUCGGAUUUCCAGGAAGUCUUUCAACGUGAGUACCGUAAUCAAGAAGUUAUUGAAGACGAGGAUGAUACACAAUCCAAUGAAACAGAGUCGACACCAAUGCACACAGGAGGACGCAGGAAUGCAGGGUAUCGCCGAAUGACAAUGGCAGAAGUCGGAGAUGUCAUACAUUCCCGACAUGACCCUUGUACUCCUAGCAUGAAAGAUAUUGAACAGCGCAUGCGCACGUUCCAUGGAUGGAGACUGAAUGGAAACUGGGCAGCCGACCAAAUGGCUCAGGCGGGAUUCUUUCGUACGGAUAUGACAUUCACUCACAUAUCAGGAACUGGAAAUCAGGCUGAAUGUUUUCACUGUGGAUUCUGCGUAAAGGAAUGGGACGAAGAUCCUCUAGUGACGCAUGUGAGAUGGGCCCCAAGAUGUAGUUUCCUGCGUGAUACUUUUCCCCUUGAUGUUAUAUACGGCAUACUCUUCAACCGGAAACAAAUGUAAUUGUUCCGGGACUGGCACGGAAUCCCUUGGAAACUCGACCUCGCCUUGCCGAUAAAGAAGAAAAUAUAUUUGUAACUGAGCGGAAUGCCAUUAUUCCGUGUCCAGAUUAUGACAUUUCAGUGAUAUGGCACUAUAAAAUAGCCCCUUAAUGGUCCCAUCGUCUACGGACACCGUCUUCACAUGGCCUUAGCUGUUUUGAUGACGUAAAACUUUAAUUUGAUGAUAAUUAUUUUGUUAUCAGCUUUUUAUUUUGAAUUCCUUCAUGCUUAACUUAAGCUGUUGUACAUAGAUAUUUAAAAUAACUAUCUCUCAUCCUUCUGACUUGAUCUUUUUUAUAUUUAUCUCUUUCUUUUCAUCUAAAAAUCAUACGAUUUUGUAUGUAGGUGCAUGUAUACGUGUUUUAUAUGUCACAAUUGCUUGUAUUGACAGACUUAUUGGAUAUGUUCAACAUUACUUGAAACAAUAUAUUAAUAAUCUAGUUACUCCCGACCUUUUGUUUAAUAUUUUCUUUUAUAUUCUUUUACCUAAUUUGAUAAUACUGUUUCUAGCUAUAAUCAUCAAAAAAGGUGACAUCUUAAAGUUAUCGGAGAUUACAAGAAAUUGUUUCAAUUACUGAAAAUAUAUAUCCAAUUUGUCAUGAAAUAGGUUAUGGUUAUUAUUUAUAGCUUUUGGUUAGUGGUAGAAUAUAAUAUAUGCUUAUAUAUAACUGGAAUAUAUUACACUGGCACAUUUUACAUGAACAUGCACAACUAAAUCAUUCACUAUAUGUUAUUACUAAGCUUUUGAGCUAAUUACGUUAAUAUUUGAGGUUCAACACUAGUGCCAACUGUCUAGAUUCACAGAUACGUACCUGACAAAGGCUUCAAGGGGCAUUUUUGGCGGGUUAAGUGGCAUUUGACAACCGGAAGUUUUACAAGCCAAACCGGUGAAGUGGGAGGGGAAUACCCCCUGACAUUUGACGCCACAUCAAUCCGCCGUUACAUAUUAAAAUUUACUAAAACUAUACGUUUUUCUAACGUUCAAUGUCUGUAGAUUUAAUUCAAUGUAAAAUAUGUCAACAAUUACAUAUUUAAAUUACUUGAACCUACUGUAUUAAACCGGGACAAAUUUUAGGUAAGGAUUACAAUCGUAUGAAAUCCUGAGAGUUGAUUGACUGAUUUAAUUGUGCGAGUCCUUAAGAAAUAUUAUUUGUUUAAACCAAAAUAAGUCAUACCUGUCCCUUUCGAUAAAUUCUACAUAUGUUUCGGAACUUUAAUAUAUGUGACCUUUCAUUCCUUUGAUCUUUAGCUCAACUAGUAGUGACAAAACAUAAAUGGAUGUAAUGAGUGGCGUAGCAAAUCAUUUUUCGAAGUGUAUGCUUACAGAUGGUCGAGCGUCCGAGGCGCGUAGCCCGGGAGAAGGGGGAGGGUAAGGGAGCUGGAAAAUUCUACUAGGCCCAAUAAGCAAUCGCCCGACUUUUUAAAUUAACAAUAUCACAUUUUGUACCUCACAAAGUAGCUUUUGAUUUACAUAAACCUUCGCUAUUUGCUAAUGUGUAUAGACAUAAUAUGAUAAGACUAAAAUUAAAAAAAAAACAAAAAAAAUCCUUUUACUAAUUGAUACGGGCGGUCCAUAUUAAUAAAAAUCAAUAAAAAUAAAAAUAAUCAUAACAAAUUAUUUUGAAAAUGUUAGUGCAUGCUUGAGCAUACAAGCAUACAUGUACGAUACGCCACUAAGUGCAGUAAUAGGGUGGAUUUGUUUAGAUUCCUCCUUCUUCAAAAUAAAUUGUAAAUAGGUGCCACCUUACUGAUUAUUUAACAAUGCGGCAAUAUAUUCUGUUGAAAGCCAUAAAACAGGUGUUUAGUUUAAUCAUUGGCUAGAGGUUAUUAACGUAUCAAGAGUGUUUUUUUCUGCUUGAAGAUAGUUUAGCGGUUAUUUUUUAUCAUUGUCAUCAUUAUUUUCUUUUUAUUUGUUUAAUUAUGCUAGUGUAGCAUCAGAGCAGUACGAAAAAGAAGGCAAACUUGAUGCAUUUUGAUACACUUCAAAAUACCAUCGUUAUAUAGAUGUAUGCUAAGUGGCACAAGCGAUUGUUAUAAGUGUGGAUAAUUUCAAUAUUUAUCUGAGCCGCGAAAUGUCAAUCAUAGAUUACCGUCAGUAAUGGACCACAUAAAAAGUAAGUCAGUGUUGUUCGACUAAAUAUUAAUUAGAAUACGAAGUAAUGAAGCACCUACAUCAAAUAUAGUGAGUGGAUUGCAGAAACCAAACAAAUAAAACAUUUAGUGCACCAUAUGGAUAUUUCCCACUGAGGGCUUCAUAGUGGUUAUAACAACCUUGAAUAGGAAUUCAUGUAUUAAGUAUUUCCAAAAUAAGGGGAAAUUUUCCUAUAUUAUUUUAAUAACGUUACAAGUUUAUGACUUUUGGCGUAUAAGUUUUGUGUCAAUUACGUACGGUGAGACCCUGUGAGUGCAAUUUUGUAUCAUUCUGGAACCUAUCUUUUGAAUUGGGAAUGUUUUAUCAUGGAAAGUGCAUUAAUACCAGAAAAUAAUUCCAACCAUUCACAUCGUUCAACUAGUGAAUUGUCACUCAGAGCAGCAUCGGUUGUUAAAUAACUACAUAUGUUUUUACAUGGGAUAUAGACAUAGUUGUGCCUAGAAUUUCAUUUUUCCUUAAAUAAUUCGCUUAAUCAGUAUAUCAUUUGCAGACCAACGAUAAAAACAGCCGAAUGUUAUUGAAAGGUUUAGGACAGUCCUCAAAGUACAUUUGUCACGUACAAAAAGAGACAUCAUCUCUUUACUGAAAACGAAGCCUUAUUUACCUAAUUUCACAAAAUGUGUAUAAUGCCAUGUCGUAAUAUUCUGUGCAUGAGCGUUAUUUCUUCGAAUGAACGUAACUUUCAACACAAAUUUGGACUAUGUAUGGUUUGGGCCUUUUUUGGCCCCCAAAUCCAUCAAAACAAAAAAUCUG